UGCGGUCAGAGAGGAUACAGCCUGAAGUAGAUUCAUAACAGGGCUUAUUUGUCUCAUUAUUUUUCACAUUUGCAGAUGCCAACGGAUAAGUUCAACACAAAAUGCCUCGGUUAGGAUGAUGGUUACUGCAGUGUAAAUUAUCCCUAGAAAGUUGGAAAACAGCAAUGUAUUCCUCUGUGUGUAUUUUAAGAAAAAAUAUAUACAGGGAGUGUAUGAGUUAUAAUGCCUUUUUUCUUUUCUUUUCUUUUUUUUUUUUUUUUUUCUAAUGUAUUACUGUCAGUAUUAUUAACAAUUACAUUUCAUUACUGCAUUUUCAGACUACAAAAACAGAUAGGAACCUCGCAGAUUUUAUUGUAUUUUCCUAAAGGUAUUUGGAAAUAUUCAAAUAUUACUUUUGCAGACUCAAAUCGACAUGUUGACUAUGAUUUUUGUCCACGGCAGCAGUUUUUGUGUUGCACUGAUUUUGCACCUAGAAAUAAUUUCCAGCCCAGUCUGAUUGAUACAACAGGGCAUGAACAUUAGUAGCCCUGACAUAUGGUUAGCAGGGAAACCUAGAACAAUUGAACCAUGGUGUGUCACAGGAAAAAAAAAGCUGAUGCACUGAGUAUUUCUGCAUCCAACACAGACACACACUCAUGCAGAUACGCGCGCACACACGCACACGCGUCCACAGCAAGACACUGAUUUGACCCAUAUGCGUCACAUACAGGUAGCACAUAAAUAACGUUUUUACUCAAACGGGAUAUUUGUAUAUCUUUGGUUACGUUUUCAUCCGUGGGAAAGUGGUCUUAAAUCAAUCCUGCUGUAAAGACAAGUGUGUAGGACAAGCUGGGGUCCACUACAUGCCGCCACCCACUCCUUUCCUUGCACACAAAGCCUGUGCGUAAUUCCAAAAAAGCCAUCCAUCUCGCGCUUAGCAACUCUGUCCUUCCCCACACACUACGGUCCUCUAACAACCGUGCAUAUGUAAGAAAACGACGAAUAUAUUCUCAACGUUAAUCGCAUUCACACAUCAAAAGAUAAAAGCCAGGUAAAUAAGCUGCAUCACCCUACUCACCGAUGGCGCAUUACCGCCUCUUGAAAAAAAGGAAAUGGUAGCAUGAUUCAUACUUGUCUCUUAAAACAUCCCUCCAGCGACAGACCGGCUAUAACUGCGAGCAAAAAACUGGUUCUAAUCUGAGUGGCCAGUGUUUCUCACCGCUUCCUGGCUGCAUUUGAUCCGGGGGAGAGUUAGAAGCCUUAAAUGUGUUGUGAGGGCACCGAGCUGUCAGACCUUUUGGCGAGUAAGAUUGAUCGCGCACAGGCUUCCAGGACUCUUUGUUUGGUAUAUAAGCAACAAACUGAGAGAGGCCUAGCACUUUUCUUCUUCCCUUCUCUUUCUCACUGAGUCAUAUUUUUUUGAAUGAAAAUACAACAUGCAUUGCUUGACGAAAAACAUCCCAAAUGUGGUUUUCAUAGAUCAUUCUGGACGGAGUACAUAACCAAGCACCGCAGGAAGAAGUCAUUUAGUGACAUUUCCAUAUACAAACUAAUGCUGGGAACAGAUUUGUUGGAAAUGACAAAUGUCAGCUUGCUGGUGCUUGUUCAUUGCAAUUUCAGGUAGAAUAGAUCAUUAAAAAUAUGGUAACGCUUUUGCAGAUAUUUCCUUUUAUUACGCAGCUAUAGCUAUGUGGCUUUGGCAUAAAAAUGAAAAUAUUCGAAAUAUUUGGAUAAAGUCAUGGAAAGUGAAAGGAUUCUGGUUUUGGUUAUCGAAAAAUGUGGGUAUAAGCCAUGAUAAGAGAAAGAGCUCCUGUCUUUGAAGCCUUGUGUUUGUGGUUACGUGCACGCACAGGGGAGUGCAUGACCUCGUUAUAAAGUCAACCUCCUGAUGGAUUAAACGAAAAAGAAUGUCCAGGUUAAUCCAUAUACCUUUAUAUAAAACAGAAAGGAUCUGGAUUAAUAUACCAGCACAGUGCGGACUGUGUGCGCAUGCACAGGCCUACGUGUGUGUCUGCCUGUCUGCAGCUUAAGAUCUUAAACUGCUUUUAUGGGAUGAAAUUGUGUGAAAGUGUCAGAUCCGUCAAUAUAAACUUAAUGGAUGGUGUUUUUUAUUGCAACACGUGUACAUGGACACACUACAUAUGUCAUUAUUAUACAUCUUUGAAGCCCUUCUGUGUGACAUUUAUGAGAAUCACAUAUAUCCUCUAGUCCACACUCAGUGCACAGACUGGGUUGUUGAUUUUUUCUGUCCAGAGUUCUCAGUAUCAGUUUUUGGGGAGUGUUUUUCUCCACCUUUGAAGCCUGAGUCUGAGUCUUGCCUAUAUGAAUAGCUACUGGCGUGAAAUGUGUGUGUGUGUGUGUGUGUGUGUGUGUGUGUGUGUGUGUGUGUGUGUGUGUGUGUGCGUGUGAGUGUGUGUGUGGUGGGGGCGUUCUCGACUGACAUCCUCAAACAAUACGAGAAAGAGGAGUGCACGAAUCCGCGCACCCUCCGAUGGGCUCCUUCCCUGUAAUAGUGAGCGUCAGCCAUUCUUAAAAAACACAUUUUGUAGCUUAGUGGACUGGACUGGCAGGGCGAGAGGAGGAUAAACUGAGCGGACAAAGAUGUAAAUAAAAACAGUCGUCCCCCAGCUGAGCGAGGCGUUCUUCAUUAGAGUUUUUGGAUCAAUCAGGCAGACAGUGGCUUCUUUUGAUUAAACCCCAAAUUGUCAUUGGGCAGAGGUAAUCAUGUGACAGGCAAUUCGGUCCAAUUUCAACCUUGUCUCCAUGAAUUCAAUAGUUUAAUAGUAGCUCGGUCCCCAUACGGCCGUAAUCAGUGAAAUAGAAAAAAACACCACCAGGAGAUUUUUUUUAAUGAUUUUUUCUUUCUCGUCCUCGCUGAGCCGCAACAUUUAUAAAAAUACGCGUGCAAACUUUCCUCGGCUCUCAGGGAGCGGAGAUGAAUUACGAAUUCGAGCGAGAGAGCGGUUUUAUCAAUAGUCAGCCGUCGCUUGCUGAGUGCCUGACAUCUUUCCCCCCUGUCGCUGAUUCAUUUCAAAGUUCAUCAAUCAAGAGCUCGACGCUUUCACGCCCGACACUGAUUCCUCCUCCCUUUGAGCAGACCAUUCCCAGCCUGAACCCGGGCAGCCAUCCGCGGCACGGCCGGCCCAGGCACAGCCCCGACGGAUGCAGCCCGCUGCCCACCGCUUCUCUACCCCCGGAGUACCCCUGGAUGCGGGAGAAGAAAGCCUCCAAGAGGAACCACCUGCCGACCUCCACCGCUACCGCCAUCUCCAAUGGACCCGUGUGUUUUUCUCCAAAAGGCUCGCCUGAGAUUGUGGAGAGUAAUGGUGGAGGAGGAGGGGGCUCCCGUCGGCUGAGGACUGCAUACACCAACACACAGCUGCUGGAGCUGGAGAAGGAGUUCCACUUCAACAAGUAUCUGUGCCGGCCGAGGAGAGUGGAGAUAGCGGCCCUGCUUGACCUGACUGAGAGACAGGUCAAAGUCUGGUUCCAGAACCGGCGGAUGAAGCACAAACGGCAGACGCAGAGUAAGGAGAACCACAACGGGGACGCAAAAGGCCCGGGCGCGGAGGACGGCAUCCAAAGCGACGAUGAAGACGAGGGCUCCCUGUACGAGCGGAGCGGGGCCCUGCUGGAGAGGGAUACCUGCUCCUUUCAGAAUAACACGCAGCAGAUUCACAAUAGCGAGUCCAUGGGUUUUGCUGCUGCGCCGCUGAACAGCAAUGACAAAAAUCUGAAACAUUUUCCCAACCCGUCACCCACUGUUCCGGGCUGCAUGUCAACAAUGGGCCCCGGAUCGGCAUCUGGGCCAGACAAUGGUGACAGUCCCCCGGCCCUGGAUGUUUCUAUACACGAUUUCCAACCUUUUUCCUCGGAUUCCUGCCUACAGUUGUCCGACGCAGCCUCGCCGAGCUUGUCAGAGUCUCUGGACAGUCCCGUGGACAUUUCUACCGACAGUUUCUAUUUUUUCUCGGAGUCUCUAACUACAAUCGACCUGCAGCAUCUGAACUAUUAAGAGAAAUCAAUCACAAUAACUUUUUUUUCCCUCCCUGGACAAUAAAUAGAAAUCUACGAUGGUAUUAACUCUGAUGUUAUUUGUAUAUUCGGCACAUUUAUUCUGUUGAUAUUUGACUUGACGAUUAAUUCAAGGUAAGGAUGAAAUUGAAUCACUGAAAUAGUUCUACUCAAAACUUGGCUUGUAAUUACCAUAACAAAUCUAUCUCUUGGAAUGGAAAUUAUGAGUGUAUGUGAAUAAUUAUACAAUAUUAGGCCUAUGGAACCUGGUCAUUUUUAUUUUUGUAUAGCUGCCAAUGUCUUGGAUAUUUUUGUUAGAAUACAGUUAACUUGCUACAAUGCUUUUUUUCUUCUUCUGGUGUUUUGAGUGGUUUCUUUUUCUAUGUGUCUCUUACAUUAUUCAUGUAGAAAAUAUGCAAAAUGAAUAGAAGUAGGCUAUGGCGAGAUAGAGACGUUAUGCA